ACCAGCUGAGAUAAACGGAGCGGAGCGGUGUCGUGCGAGACGAACGACAGGGGUAUAGGUUAGGAGACACUCCUCGACAAUCGUCGUCGCUAUGGAUCUGUCAAAAAUAACGGACGAGAGGAAAUUGUAUCUCUGUAGAUGGUACUUUCGUGCUGGUUUCGUACUGUUGCCAUUUCUAUGGGCUGUGAACGCCAUUUGGUUCUGGAAAGAAGCCUUUGCUGAACAAUCGUAUGAAGAACAGAAACAGAUUAAGAAAUAUGUGAUAUUAUCUGCUAUAGGAGCGGCAAUUUGGGCCAUUGCUUUGAUGGCAUGGAUAAUUACCUUCCAAACUCAGAGAGCUGCAUGGGGUGACUUUGCCGAUGCUAUCAGCUACAUAAUUCCUGCUGGUAUUCCUUGAUAAUCUUAUAAUCGAUACUUUACCUUGUUAUAUAAUUUACCACAGAUGCAUAACAAAUAGUGUUUUGUAUAUUACUAUGUUAAACUUGUAAUAUAGUUGUAUUCGAGA